AUGUCUCACUCAAAGCCAGCGAUACUCUUUAUUAUCUUCAAGCAUGGUGCCUACCACCCUCCAUCAUGUUAUAGCCGCUUGACCGAAAAGCUCGAGACUGCGGGUUUCGAACUAGUCACGCCGCGACUAGCAUCCCUCGGCGAGGGCAAAGUCGGCAUCACGCUGGAUGAUGACGUUGCCGUGGUCAAGACGGCAGCCAAGGCGCUCAUUGAUGCCGGCAAGGAGGUGGUGCUGGUAGCCCAUUCCUAUGGCGGCUUCGUCACCAUCAACGCCGCCAAGGGGCUCAGUGUCACUGAGCUCCAAGCGCAGGGACAAGAGGGCGGUAUCAAACACAUUGUUUACUUGAGUGCCUGCUUCAAGGAAAAGGGCGCGACUGCCAACGAGGCAUGCAAUCCUACCUGUGCAGUCCCACCCGACUUUGACGACAUUUUCGCCAUCCACAUGGUUGGUGAAAAGGUUUCAUGUUCACUCAAGGACACGGAGACCACGCGGCGAUACUUUCUGCAGCCAGCCUCGGAUGAGGACAUGAACGCCGCACUAGCUCAGCUUGAGCCCAUGUGCGUCGACAUAUUCAAUAUCCCGUCGCCGACGGGUCCUUCGGAGCUGUCCAUUCCUCAGACGUUCUUCGUCUGUGGGAAAGAUCACGUUGUUUUGCCCGAGACCCAAGAGAAGGCCGUGGCCGACGGAGGCAUGAGGGCCAUCAGACUGCCAGAGAGUGGACAUGCCCCGUACUUGAAUUUGCGAAAGAGCUUGCAGACACGAUUGUCGAGGUAG